AUGGUCCGUUGUCGGCUCGUAGUCUUACUCGGGGCGUGCAUUCUUCUACAGGCCAUUGCCAGUCCGGUCUUGGAUGCCGAUGGCUUGAUCGCGCCGCGGGCGGCAGAAUCGCCUCCAGAAAUCGCUCAGAACGACGUCGACAAUGCUCGACAUCCGCUGCUAGUCGACGCCACUGAGGCAAGCAUUGACGAAGCCCGCGUGGUCGUCAAAGAUGCCAUCGCCAGGAUGACCAAGCUCAACAAAGCCCGCCUCGACAAUCCCAUUCUCGGUUCGUAUAAGUCGGGGCCAGGCACAAACAUCACUCGUAGUGGCAGUGAAAAUUCCCCCCUGCUCGAAAUCACCAAGGAAAUUGCGCAUGCUGCAGCUCUUGUUGCGGAGGCAGAUAUGGCGGCCAAUUUGGCUAACGGGACCUCUACACUGGCCCAGCAGGCGGCCGGCACUUUCUGGAUGCAAGAUAUCAGGCGUCAGGGAACGGUGCCCUGGGGCAAUGACCCCGCGUAUAAGGUCUUCAGGAACGUUGUGACAGACUACCAUGCCGAUCCUACUGGAGCAUCCGAUUCCACUGCCGCCAUCCAGGCCGCCAUAAACGACGGCAAUCGGUGCGGUGCAAGGUGCAAUGGUUCGACCCGAAAAAACGCCAUUGUAUACUUCCCUCCAGGGACAUACCUGGUUUCCAGCACCAUCGAAGCAAACAAUUGGCCGACCAUUAAGGCAGCAAGCAGUUUCGUUGGUCUUGGUGUUCUCUCUACUAACCAGUAUGUCGGUGGUACCGGGCCUGAUGGCGGGGAUGGGCAGUACUAUGUCAACACCGCGCGAUUCUACAGCCAGAUUCGCAACCUCCGCAUCGAUAUUACCGCCACCGCUCGAGACGCCUACGUCUGUGCUAUUCACUACCAAAUAGCACAAGCAACCAGUCUGCAGGACGUUGAACUGAUUGCCACAACAGGGACCACACAGCAAGGAAUUUUUUCUGAGAAUGGCAGUGGUGGUAUAAUGUCCGAUGUUACGUUUCGGGGUGGUAACUUCGGUUUCUACGGCGGGAACCAGCAGUUUAGUGCCCAUCGAAUGACCUUUAUCGGUUGUGCAACCGCUGUGCAGAUUAUAUGGGACUGGACCUGGGUCUGGAAAUCACUUGAUAUUCAGGGCGCCGAAGUUGGGCUUCGUCUGGUCAGCAACGACGGCAGUGGUAAUGUUGGUUCAGUCGCCUUGAUCGAUUCCAAACUCACCAGUGUGAACACUGCUAUCAUCAUAGCCCCUGCGUCUUCAACUCCAGGGACCGGUACGACUGGGUUGGUUCUAGAUAAUACCAGAAUCGACGGCCCCAUUGUGGAUACCGCUGGUAAGGUUUAUUUAGGAGCAGGCUACUAUGAUAACUGGGUGCUUGGCCCUACAUACAGGGGUACCACCCGAACCUGGUCUUCAGCGCCCUUCUCAUCGUAUCCGCGGGAGCAGUCACUACUUGGAAAUAGGGUUGAUGGCCUCAACAAUGCGCCGUAUUUUGAGCGCAAAAAAAAUCAAUAUGCGGAUAGGCCUGUCGGAGAUUUUGUCCAGCUCAAGUCACUAGGUGCCAGAGGGGACGGAGUUACUGAUGAUACUGCCGCCGUCCAACGGGCGUUUAACGAGCACGGGAGCGGAAACAAGAUUAUCUUCGUGGAUUCUGGCACGUACAUCCUGACUGACACGGUGGUGGUCCCUAAAGAUGCCAAAAUCCAUGGGGAAGCAUGGUCACAAUUCGCUGCUUCUGGCAGCGCAUUCUCUGAUGCAAAUAACCCUCGUGUCAUGCUUCAGAUCGGAAACAGGGGCGAUGUUGGAACCGUUGAACUACAAGACUUGAUAUUGACAACAAAAGGAGGCACAGCUGGGGCGGUCCUGAUGCAGUGGAAUGUCAAGGCAGCUAGCCCUGGUGCGGCUGCCCUCUGGGACGUCCAUGCCCGGAUUGGUGGCGCUAUUGGGACGUCCUUGACGCAGACAGAAUGUCCACCACUGACUACUGGCACUAACCCGGCCUCCUGUCAGGCAGCAAGCCUCAUGCUGCAUCUAACACCGGAGGCUUCAGGCUAUUUUGAAAAUAUGUGGCUUUGGGUAGCUGAUCAUUUGAUAGAUGACCUCGAUCUGAAUGAUGCUUACAAUGAUAUGCCACAAUUGAGUGUCUACGUUGCUCGUGGAAUGUUGAUCGAAAGUACCUCUGCUACUUGGCUAUAUGGCACAUCCUCGGAACACUGUGUCUUCUAUCAGUACAAUUUCCACCAUGCACAGAAUAUCUUCACUACAGUGAUCCAGACAGAGCCACCCUACUACCAACCUAAUCCUAGGCCACCUGCACCUUUCAACAAUCAAGUCGGGAAAUACAGUUCAGAUCCAGCCUAUAACUGUAAUGAUGCAAAUUUUAAUGGCUGCGACGAGGCCUGGGCAGUCAUCAUCACAGAGAGUCAAAAUAUCCAUAUCGGCAGCGCGGGCACCUACUCCUGGUUUAGUGCAUAUACUCAAGACUGCAUCGACCGCCAUUCUUGCCAGCAAGCGUUGUGGCGUCUUAGAAAUAACCACGACAAUGUCCGGCUGCAGAAUGUCAUUGGUAUUGGGGCAGAAUAUGUUCUGGUCUCCGACGGCGCGGGCGUACGGUCUGUCGAUAAUCUCGGGGUCACUGCUCAUCCGGCGUGGGCGCAGAUAUCGAUAUUUGAUGCUCCUUCUCAUGGCCGAAUUUAAUCACUGCCGACAUGAUUUCAUCAGUGUGAACUUUGAGGUCUGCCUGGACCGAAUUUGGUCAAUUAUGCAAGCCCAAGUGCUAUUAUAUAGCUAGUUUAAAUUAUCUUCUCGGUUUAUAAGUUGCUCUUGAUGGAAUCUUAAGGUGCCGCUUUAUUCGCUCGGCUGUGAGAAUAUAUCUUACCAAGGGCUUGUUUGAAUUUUCUUGUCUUAUUGGGCCACCAGCCUUCUCUGAGCUAAACGCACCCUUAAAUGCAGUUUUAAGCCUUUUCUCAUUAUGGCCCGUGUGUUCGGAAUUAUUACUAAGCAUGUCCUACUACUGUGCAUUAUGAUCUCGAUUGAAGUG